CGGCUUACUUAUCGGCUCGUGCAAGACCAAUUUAAUGUUAUUGAAAAUAUCAUCGAUAUUAAAGCAUAAAGAGAAAUAUUGUGUAAUAAAUAAUACAGACAAGGCAUUAAUUAAGUACGAAAAAAAAAGAUAAAAUAAGAAGCAAGUGAAAGAACAUUCGAGAAAGGCAGGAAAAUGGUGACCAAAUUUAAUUACGAUGAUUUGCUAGCGCAUAUUGGAACUUUCGGUACUUACCAAAUACGAAAUUUCGUACUUUUAUGCAUCCCAGUCAUUUUGUGUGCCUUUCAUAAGCUUUCAAGUGUCUUUAUACUCGGGAAAAUGGACCAUCGAUGUAAAUUAAAUGAAAAUGACAUGAUUUUUCGACUGUCAAAUGACUCCACAGUAUUAAAUGAGAUCCUUAAUGCCUCAUAUCCAUAUGAUAUCAAGAAAGGAUUCUCAAAGUGCGAGUACUACACUGGCAACUACUACACGUCAAGUAAUAAUUUUACAGCACGUGAAAUUCGAAAGUGCAGCGAAUAUGUUUGGGAUUAUGAAAAAUUUCAAACUUCAGCUGUCCAAACAUUUCAAUUGACAUGCGACAAAGAUUCCUUUAAAGCCUGGAGUGACUCCUUAUUCAUGAUUGGUGUCUUCUUGGGCUCCUUUGCAUUUGGAUAUUUAUCAGAUAAAUUUGGACGUCGUAAAGUGUUUGUUCUAUCACUUAUAUGCCAAUUAAUAUUUGGCCUUCUGACUGCUCUAUCGACAAACUUUAUUAUGUUCACUAUUUUUAGAAUGAUUGUUGGGGCAACAACAAGUGGCGUAUUUUUGGUUGCUUAUUGUUUAUCACUUGAGAUGGUCGGCAAAGAGUCUCGCAUGAUUGCCGGUGUAGUGUUUAUGAUGUUCUUCUCAUUGGGAUUCAUGUUGAUGGGUGUUUUAGCAUUCUUUGUGACUGACUGGAGAUUUUAUCAAAUUUCCUUGACAAUUCCUGGACUUAUUUUCCUUGCUUACUGGUGGAUCAUCCCAGAGUCCACAAGAUGGCUACUCGCUAACAACAGAAAGUAUAAAGCUAUUAAACAAAUCAAGAAAAUUGCUCUGUCCAACAAUGUCGAAGUGCCAAAAGAAAUGCUUGAUAAAUUAGUCGAGAAUGAGACAGACAAUACAGAUCCUGAAAAUAAAGGGAAGAAAGCAACAGCUUUAGAUCUUUUCAGACAACCACACCUUCGGUCAAAAGCUCUGCUUAUCUUCUUUAACUGGUUUGUUGUGUCAGGUGCUUAUUAUGGACUAAGUUGGAGUUCGGGUGAUUUAUCUGGUGAUCCGAGAUGGAAUCACAUUAUGUCAGGUGCUGUAGAAAUACCUGGAUAUAUUAUACUAAUAUUGACAUUAGACCGUUUUGGACGUAAGAAGGUAUUAGCUUGUAACUUAACAUUUGCUGGAAUAAUGCUUAUGUUAUCAAUCCUUGUGCCCAGUGACAUCAACUGGCUUGUUAAUACAUUGACGAUGUUAGGAAAAAUGAGCAUCACUGCCUCGUACGGAACUAUGUAUUUAUUCUCAGUCGAGCAAUUCCCAACAGUAAUAAGAAACGUCGCAUUAGGCUGUUGCUCAAUGAGUGCACGUGUUGGUGCCACAAUCUCUCCAUUCCUUAUUCAUCUCGCACAAACUUGGAAACCACUGCCGUUCCUUAUUUUCGGAAUUGCUGCAUUUUGUGGUGGAUUCUUUUCAAUGUUCCUGCCUGAAACUUAUAAAAUGGAUUUACCAGAUUCAUUAGCAGACGCAGAUAAGAUUGGAAAAUCAAAUAAUAAUGACAUCAAGAACGGAGAGUUAAAAGUGUUAAAAGGAAAAGAUUACAUUGAGGAUGCAUAAUUGCUGUUAAUUUUUUAUACACACGAAGCUUUGAAAUUUCACGUUAAAUGCUCUCCUUAAGAAGAUCUUAAAGGAAUUAUUGAAGACGUGAGCGAUAUCCAAAUGUGAUAAUUAUUUUUUGUAUAUCUUGAGAUUGGAUCUCAUACAAUUUAUCAACAAACAGUAUCAAAAUUGGCAAGCUAUUAACCCCAUUAUUUUGACAAAUUUUCAUAUACUUAAUAACUUGGCACUUCUUAAAAGUGUCAUCUUGUGUUACUUUAUAGUAUUUUAAAUGAAUUAGACUUUCAUUUAGACCAUAGGUUUAGCAAGAAGGUUCUAACUGGAUCCAGACCCUCUCGAAGUAUGCGUGGAUAGGUUUUUGACGUUUGCAGUUCCUUCCUUAUUUUGAUGCAUUUUUUAAAGCAUACAGUUACUUUAUGAUUUCGAUCCAUUCUUAAAAAUUUAAUUAGCCUUAUCUUGAUUGACAUAAUGUAUUGAAACCUUUUACUUUAAAAUGUACGAUAAGAAUUUUUGGCUAGCAAAUGCUGUGAAUCAUCAAAAAUCGCAUGUUUUUGCGUAGUUUAUUGCUGCUUU